AUGCACAGAUUUGGAUCAAAACAACAAUCUGCAACGGCAGCAAGAAACAACAGUUACUCAACCCCUCGAGCCGGAGUUUCGACGCAGAAGAAUAACUUCUUAACGUGCAUGCGAUGCAAGCUAACUAAAGGUCGUAGUGAAUACAACGAUACUCAAUGGCAGAAAGGGUAUCGAUAUUGGAACGGUAGAAUUAUAGCCAUUCCUGAUCCUAAGGUGAUUUGCUCAUCAUGUCAACCGAAACAAGCCGCCAUACUAAAUUGUCCUGCUUGUGAUGAAGACAAACCUCUUACUGCGUUUUCAAAGUCUCAACGAUCUAAGAUGGCUCCAAGGUGUCAAAAUUGUGUCAAAUUUCAAAGAAAUGAGGGCAUUGAAGAUCUUGAUGAAGAAGCGUUUGUCGAUCCCUUUGAGGAUGAUGAGGACGAUGACUUUAAUUUUGAUGAAUAG